AUUUGUAGCGCUGGACUCUGGAGGUGACAUUUGAAUCCACCAUUCACAUUCCCUUCGAAGCAUUCCGUACUACAAUCUCAGAAGUACAAUGAGUUCCAACGAGUUCGCCAUGGUUGAGGAGUUAGCUUUCCUCGUGAAGGGAAAUAUUUAUUGCAAGGAGCUUGUCUUAUCGGUCGAAGAUGCCUUUGUUGAUUUUCUUCAGAACAAUUCGAGUUCAAAAAGAGUGUUGGACCUGGAACCAAUGAAUUCAUAUAAGCGUCUUCUUGUACAUCGGCUUGCUGAUAUUUUUGGAUUUUCUCAUCAUUCAGAGGGUGAAGGAGAUGAUCGACACAUUGUAGUGGAGCAAUGCCCUGGGACUUCAAUACCUUCCAUCCUUGUAAGAGAUUUACUGUGGAAGUAUGGUGAAUUGAAUUCGCCUGGAGAUUCUGAUCAAGAAAGUGAAGAUGGUUCAGAGGUAGAGAAUCCAGAGCCAUUAACUUUCUUUUCACUUGAAGAGAGAGAAGCAGCAUAUCUUGCAAGCACUAUUAGUAUUAUUAUUUUUAAACCAUAAAUGCAGGUGAAGGAUUUAGCUUUCACUGUUAAGAACAACCUUCCUUGCAAGCACCUCAUUUUAUCAAUGGAAGAGGCUUUUAUUAAUUUUCUUCAGGACGAUACAAGUUCCAAUGGGGUUCUGGAGCUGAAACCAAUGGAUUCAUAUAGUCGUCAUCUUUUACACCGGCUUGCUGAUAUAUUUGGGUUAUCUCAUCAUUCUGAGGGUGAAGGAGAGGAUCGACACUUAGUUGUUGAGCGAUGCUCUGAGACAUUGAUCCCGUCUGUGCUGGUUAGAGAUGUACUGAAGCAGUGUGGUGAAGUGGUGUCUCCACUGAAUUUUGAUGUACUAUCAAGAAAGCAUGAGGGGGCAGAUGGUUCUUCACAGGCAGAGAAUCCAAAAACAAAACAUUUCACUUCACUUGACGAGAAAGAAGCCUCAUAUCUUGCUGCACGUCAGAGGAUUUUUUCAGGUGAUGCAGAAGAGGUAGGAAAUGCGACAGAGAGGCCGAAGAAGGAUCUUAAAGUGGCCCGCAGAAUGAUAGAACACGCCCUUGGACAGAAAAUUAGGCAGUCUAACAAUGAGAUAAUCUUCACGGCUUUGGAUGAGGAAAGGGGAUGGGAAGCCAUGGAUGGUGUCAUCAUCAAGGAAGAAGGGGGAACAGAGAUGAAAAUGGACAUGAAUAACAAUAGUGUAGGCUCUCUGCUGGGUGAAGAAAAAAGUGAGGGCGGGAUUGAGAAAGAGGGCUUGAUCAAAGAGCAGCAUAUGGAUGGUGUCAUCAUCAAGGAAGAAGGGGGAACAGAGAUGAAAAUGGACAUGAAUAACAAUAGUGUAGGCUCUCUGCUGGGUGAAGUAAAAAGUGAGGGCGGGAUUCGGAAAGAGGACUUGAUCAAAGAGCAGCAUAUGGGAGCUGCAAAGAGAUUGUUUGCUAAUGCUCUAGGGAUUCCACGAGUUGUCAAUCUGUCGAAAGGAAGCGUUGAAUCAAAACAGACGAAGGUAUUAAGAGUCAAGAAAGAAGAAGAAGACACGCUUGCUGAUUGUUCAACAUAGUCUGCCAGUUUGCUGUUACCUGGGUUUCUUGAACUGCCAGUCUGCCAGUUCAAGCAAGUUUUUAUUAGGUUGUGAGGAAAUUUGGUUUUAUUGAAUGGCUGAUUCCUAUCUGGUGAUGCUUUCCUGCCUAACCUCCAAGUUCUAGCCAUGUAGUUGCAAAGUUAUGAACUUGGUUUCAUCCAUUGUAGUAAACGGAAACCUCAUACCUCUCUUUUUAAAUUGUACGUAGUAUUUUUGUUUGGUCAAAACGGGGUAGUGACCCCCAGUCCAGUGGUUCUUCGCGUCCCUUUUAUAAACGCUUGGGAAUUAGUAAGGAUAUAGUUGACUGUGAAGUAGCACUCAGCGUGGAUGUGGUCCAUGUUCCGGGUCCUUAAAAUGGUGGAACUGUAUUUGGGUGUACCCGGUCCGAUUUUGGAGGAACUGUACUUGGUGACAUUGUUUCCGACUUUCCUGGAGUGGUUCUGGUCUGGAAUAGAAAAUUAGGGUUGGUCUUGGGAAGAAUACCGGCCACUCGGCCAGUCUGGGAGACUGGGACCCUAGGUCCUGAACUCAGAUCAGAUCGUAUUCAUCUCUGUGAACAGCAUGGUGUACAUAAUUCGUAUGAAAUUUACAAUUAUACUUUCACACCGCACUGCUACGUGUCUAUUAAGGUAAGGAUGUAAUAAACAUUAAAGUUUGCAAGGAUAGUGGUCAUAGUAUGUUUGAACUUUGCAUGAGCAUUGGCGCAAGUGAAAGUAGUUAUAAAUGAAAGUGGUUUAAUAUUUUGUAAAUGAACUACGAAUACAAGUUUUUAG